AUGUCUCAAUAUCCACCAAUCCGGCCCUGGGCAGCUCUGAGCGCCAUUGACUUGGAGGACGAGCCAGGAAUCCUCUACGAAGAUGAACGCCAGCAAUGGCUUCGACAGCACCCACAUGUUGCUCCUCGCACCGCAAAGAAGAUUGGCAAUAAGAGUCUACGUCCCUUCGCAGACGGGGGCCCCAGCAUGGCUAAAAACCUUCGUGGUAUUGCGGAACGAGGUGCAGCUCGUCGCAAUGGAACUGCUGUGAACAAGAAUGAUGUAUCUACCAAGCCGCUGCCACCAAUUCCUCAGGAAGCUCCUCAGCCGGCCUCCACAGCUGGCCAGAAGAAUGUUUUCCAAGGUUCUGGGAGCGAUAUCAACAAGAUGAGCAUUCAUUACGUGCUUAACAGAUCCGAAAUGCAACGCAACCAGGCCGAAACUCCAUUUUCUCAGCGAGGACCUUCUCAGCCUGUUACGGAAGCUGGCCAGAAGGCCGGUGUCGAUGGCCCUGCGUACUCAAGUGAAAAGAUGAAACUGAAUCUGCUUUUCAAGGAAUGCAAGCAGCAAGGUUACGAUGACAAGACUCCAUCCAUUCAACCCAGAGGAUCUGAGCUGGCCCUGCCACUCACUGUACCCUUUUCAGACGACUGCUACAAUGCCCAGGUUUCCGAUAUCAAUCAAUCCUUUGCUGACCGCCGCUUGGCUCUUGCUGCUCUUUGUCACGACCCUGUGUACGAGGCCCCUUAUGCUCAACCCAAUUCCAGUCCCCAUCGCCAUGGUCAUAGUCAAAGUUCGUGGUACGAAGCUUCGCCCACUGGUAGCGAAUUUACUCCGGAUUCUCAGGUUGCAGUAACCCCCAGCGCUAAUCCAGUGCCUGGAAUCAAUCAAGAAAAUCAAUUCACCGAAGUGCAGCGCCCAACCAUCGAGGAACUGAUUACCUUGAUCAAUCGGGAAAAGGAAAACUGCCGCCUUGCACAUGGAAAUCACAAUCCAGGAAGUCCAUCAUCUGCUUACCAUCUCGAUCCGCCCAAUUCGGCAUUUACGAAUAUCUUCUAUGCGGAUCCAAAUACUGGUUCUGAUUUCCCUACUCCUGACUUCGUCAUUCGAAAUGCUCAGAGUCCUCCAUUUGCGAGCCCCGGCACCAUUCGUGAACUUACACCUACAACGCCUGUGGGGUUCCCAUCCCUGUCUCAUGCUCAAUCUCCUUGUCCUAAAGGAUGUUGCUAUUGGUCUGAGGAUGAGUUUGAUCUCGAAAGUUCUGCAUCUUCUAAGCUUCAAUUUGACCAGGAACGGUCUGCUUCUGAUACGCCGCCGCAAGAGUCACCCGUGUUGCCUUCAUCUUCUCCUCUUUUCCCUUCUCUCGAAGAAUGUUACAUUCGGGAUUCGGAAAUCCCAAGCGAGAGUGAGAUUGGCACCACUAUAGCCAGUGUACAUCAGCUUGAUUGGGACAAUACCGCUCCUGACUCGCCUCUACUAGAUUCACCUCCAUCUCCUAUUCGAGCUACUCCUCUUCCUGAGCGCCGUCCCAGUAAUCUUCGUGCAUGUUCCUAUGCUGAUGUGUCUCGGGUUGGGAUUUCUCCAUCUCCCAAUAUCCCCCACGAUCCCCGUCUUACGACAGUUACUUUCCGUCCGGACUGCAUGUCAUCUCCAACUAGCUACACGAAUUGGUUGAGACCAACCGACAUGAACAAUGUCGACCAGUCUCUUGUCCCACGGCAAUUGAAUGUGACAAAAAAGAAUCCUGCCUUCACCAUGAAUGUCCCCAUCCAAAACGUUUCCCAGCAUCAGACAGUUGUUCAUGUGUCUGGUUCUUCCAACGGUAGAUAUAGCCACGCAGCUUCCGUCGUCAGCAAUGAGUCCAAUAUCAACAACCUCUCCAGCAACUCGACUGUGAGUCGUACCAGCCAAAGCCCCGAUGCUUCCAGCUCUGGGGGCUCCGAAGACUCUCGUGGAACCAAGCGCAAGCGAUUUACCAAGAACCUCUUUGGGAAGAAAGGAUACCUUGGAGAUAAUCAGUUCUCACGCGAGAGGAGAUUCAAAUUUAUCAAAGGGGCCAUCGAAAAGGGACAUUCAACCAUUGGCAGUAUCAAGGGAAUGAUCUUGGAUGAGAAUCGAGCUUUGAUCAACCCAUCCAAGCCCAGCAUUGUCACCGAUAACACUGCCCCCAUUACUCUGAACACCAACGUGCAGUCAAUCUUGUACGCCGAGAUCGAGAACACAAUCACUCAUGCGGCCAACGAAUUCCUGAUGAAGGAAUAUUACGAUGGCCACCUCUCUGUCAGUUCUCUCAACAGAGUGAAAAGAAGAUGGGAACGGAAGAAUAUGCCUGGUGUCCCUGAAUUCCACUUCGACCAAACCACCCAGUACAAGCUUAUCAGCGCAAACCGUGAACAUCUCAAGUUCGGUAAAGCGACCAACGGCCUGCGGCCGUACGCUGUUCUCCGCAACUGGAAAAAGAUCUGCAAGAAUAUGAGCAUCCGCACCUUUGUGGCCCCCGAUUCGGUUAUCAAGAAACACAUCCACGAUAUCCUCGAUCUCCUGGAGAUUCUGAACGCCGAUGAAUGCCACAUUGAGCUGAUCAUAGCCCUUGAUGCGCACGUUCGUGGAGAACUGAAGAAGCACGAGGUGAUGCAGCACUACCGAGACACUCAGAACUCUAGAAACUCUCGCUCUUAA